AUGGCUUUAAGUUCUAGGGUUUGUCUUUUUGUGCUUCUUGGUGUUUUUGUUUGUAGUAGCAUUGAUGCAAGGAAGCUUGAGAGUGAUAAGGGUUUAAGAGAUGAGAAGAAUUUCUAUCAUCGUCCAGGGUUCGGUGGAGGUUCAGGAGGAGGUGGUGGUUUUGGUGGUGGUGGUGGUAGUGGAGGAGGGUUAGGUGGUGGUUCAGGAAGCGGAUUUGGUGCAGGUGCUGGUGCUGGUGGUGGUUCUGGGAGUGGACUUGGAGGUGGAGGUGGUUUUGGUGGUGGUGGUGGCGGUGGAUUCGGUGGAGGAGGUGGUGCUGGUGGAGGAUCAGGGUUUGGAGGAGGAUCAGGAUUCGGAGGUGGUGCUGGUGCUGGUAGUGGACUUGGAGGAGGUGGGGGAGGAGGAUUUGGAGGCGGUGGAGGUGGUGGACUUGGUGGUGCUGGAUCCGGUGGAGGAUUCGGUAGUGGAGCUGGCGGAGGAGUUGGAGGUGGAUUUCCAUGA